GAGGAGCUGUUUGACCUUCACGCGGUCUGCCAAUUUCUCUCUCACAUCUUCCCGGACAUUACUGACUGCCCUUCCCUCAACUUCACCGAAACCGGACGGAAGCCUGCGCAUGUGCAUCGACUACCGAGCUCUUAACAAGCAUACCAUCAAGAAUAAAUAUCCGAUACCGCGAAUCGAUGACCUGCUUGACCAGCUUCGGGGAGCUACGGUAUUUUCCAAACUAGAUCUGCGGUCCGGAUACUGGCAGAUACGGAUGGCGGACAACUCAAUCCACAAAACUGCUUUCCGAACUCGGUAUGGAUCGUACGAGUAUUUGGUAAUGCCAUUCGGACUCACCAACGCACCGGCAACAUUCCAAGCCGAAAUGAACCACAUUCUACGACCACUUUUGGACGAGUGCGUGGUGGUGUACCUGGACGACAUACUCAUCUACUCGCGCGACAUGAAAAAGCGACAUCUACUACAGUGGGACAACGCCAUCGCGUACCGGAAAGGGUCAAUGAAGAUCUGGGUACCAAAUUACCCUCCUUUGCGCCAGUUACUACUCGAAGAAUACCACGACGUCUUCUACGCCGGACACUUCGGUAGCAACAAGACGCUGACCGGUAUUGCAAAGCACUACUACUGGCCCCACUUGGCAGAAGAUGUUCAGAACUUCGUCACCUCGUGUGAUAUAUGUCAGCGGAUGAAGAGUAGCAAGCAGAAAAAGGCGGGACUACUGCAGCCUCUUCCAGUCCCAGAACAACCAUGGCAAGUGGUUAGCCUGGACUUCAUCACUGGGUUACCACCUACCACCAGCGGUCAUGACGCCAUCCUUGUCGUCAUCGACAAAUUCUCCAAAAUGGGACACUUCAUCCCGACACACACGACAGCACGCACCGAAGAAACAGCACAACUCUUCGUUCGAUACAUCAUCUCACAGCAUGGCAUUCCAACCACACUCAUCUCCGACCGAGACCCUAAGUUCACCAGCAAGUUCUGGAAUGAACUUAUGUCUCUCCUCGGGACAAAACUCGCCAUGUCAUUUGCUUACCACCCGCAGACAGACGGACAGAUCGAGCGCCUCAACCAAAUUGUUGAGCAACUCCUCCGAGCAGCCUGCAAGGACGAGAUCUCCAAAUGGGACUUGCACCUGCCCGUUCUAGAGUUUGCUUACAACAACGCUACACAUGCCGCUACGGGUCAGACGCCAUUCUUCCUCUGCUACGUACGCCACCCACUCACACCACAAAAACCGACAGCAUCAGCUACAGUCCAACCUGCGCAUGAUUUUAUCACAACCAUGCAUCAGCUUUGGGAUCGGACCCAUAAGCGCCUCCUCGACAUUCAACAGCAACAGAAGCACCAGGCCGAUCGCCAUCGCAACGACCACACCAUUACCGUGGGAGACCAGAUUCACAACGCCUUCCAUGUCCAACUUCUGAAGCCCUAUCGGGAUCCGAACACGAUCUUCAUCGGAUGCCAACCGCCGCCGCCGCCGCCCGUCCUCGUCCAGAAUGAACCCGAGUACGAGGUCAAGUCCGUGCUUGCACACCGCCGUCGUCGGAAUGGCACUGUGGAGCUUCUCAUCCGUUGGAAGGGUUAUGAUCCUUCUGAGGACAGCUGGGUACAUGAGUCCGACAUGGGUAACGCCCGUCGUCCUCUGCAUGACUACCUUUAAGGCAUAAAUUUCUAUAACAGGU